AUGUCGGCGGCACGUUUAUGGACGUCGUCCAGGGCUGCUGCUGCAGCUGUUGCGGCACCAGCGCGUGUCCGCAACUUUACAACAUCACGAACUACUCUUCAAGCAAGCAAAGUCUCUGCGCUUGAAUUUCAGCUAUCGACCGAGGAUGCUGUGUAUCGUGCUAGGUUGGCUGCAUUGGAGCAGCUGCUACCUACGAUCAAAGGUCGAUGGGGCGGCAUAGGAUUUGCUGUAUCGCAGGCUUUGGGUUUGGGAUGGAUGACUGACUCAGAGGAGUCGGUGAUGCGCAUCGUCUCGUCACGCGCGAUGUACUACCCGACGUGGGUCGUAGAUGCUAUGUGGAAAGUGAAGUGCCGCGGCGACAAUGGCGAGGCCACCGCCUCGUUUAUUUCGACAAAUUCGGCCUUCCCUGGCAACUCUUGGAGGCCUAUGGAUAGCCUCCCGAUCCGGGCGCCACCGCCUCGUCUGCCCUCGACGCCAGAGCGUGCGCCGUCGAUUAUUACCUCGGCUGACGAACCUAUGACGUAUGCCCCUUUCUCGAAAGAGCGUCACUUGCAUCCUGAAGUGGAUAUCGAUGGACAAAUUAGUAUCCUUCCUUUCAAUAUUACACCAUUGUGUCUGCCAGAUCUCUGCAAAUCGGCUGAUUUGCGCAGCUCAAUGGUCGACUUGCUCUCACAAGGGCCUGCGCUGCAUAUCAACCGCCGCUUUACCAUCCUUCCUGGCGUGGAAAUCCAAGUAGCCAACUUGGAUGACCAGAGGAGCGAGAAUAAGAGUGCUAUGCUACGUAUGGAAUGGGAUACAUUGCAGUUGGAUAUGCUGGCCUGCUACCCAGUGAUGCUGCCUAUGCAUCUCGUACAGUUCCGGUACGAUGCACACGGGGAAAAGGAUCGCCGUGCCACUGUGGCACUGGCUGCAUGGGAUCCAAGUCUCUUGACAUAUGCUUUGCAGUGCGAUGAGCAGCCAGGCUGGGUCUUUAAAGGCGAUACAUCGUGGCUGGAUGUGGACAUGUUGGACUUUGAUCCUCGUGUCCCUAUUUCUCCUUCGGUCCUCGACCCGCAGGCCAAGGAUGCGACAGAGUCUUCUGAUGCUCGGAUCAUUGAUCUGAUGGCGCAACAGACGCAGAUGCAGAGCGUGUUUGAGGGUCGAGUGCAUGAGCUCAUGGAGAAUGCGAACUGGUCGUUCUGUGAGUCAUGGCAGCGCGAGCAACCAUCGUCGUCCGAUUCAGCUGAGGCCCGUGCCGGCCUGGGUAGUCACAUUACCUGGGACGAUGCUCGAAUCCGGCCCUACGCGGUCGACAUCGAAGCGAACCGUCGCUACAUUGCCUUGACCACAGAAGAGAUGUUCUCGGCUCGCCUCUUGGAAGGUAUUGCCAAAGACCAGCAACGUGGCGCGGAUCUGUCUCACGUGCAGACCUAUCAUCAGGGCCAGCUUCUUUCAGGCGAGCAAGCCAUUCAGGUGCUUCGUGACCGACUGAACGAUAUCCAAGCCAAGCGCGAUGAGAUGCGUCCACCUUGGCUCUAA